AUGGCGGGUCGCCGGGCGCCGGGGGAGAAGCGCUGGCAGUUGGUGCGCUGGUAUGUGCAGGAGGGACGGUUCCGAAUUGAGGAGAGGACGCUGACAGCCUUCCAGUGGCUUUACAGCCCCCAGCAGCAUCGCAUCCUCAGCCGUGCUGACCUGGAAUCUCCCUCCAGGAUCGACAAGACCAUGCUGGCGAGCCUGAAGGUCAAGAAGCAGGAGCUGGCCAACAGCUCAGAUGUGACCCUCCCAGACCGGCCGCUGUCCCCUCCUCUCACGGCGCCUCCCACCAUGAAGUCAGCGGAGUUCUUCGAGAUGCUGGAGAAGAUGCAGGGGAUCAAGCUUGAAGAGCAGAAGCCGGGACCCCAGAAGAACAAGGAUGACUACAUUCCGUACCCCAGCAUCGAUGAGGUCGUGGAGAAGGGAGGCCCGUACCCCUUGAUCGUCCUGCCCCAGUUUGGGGGCUACUGGAUUGAGGACCCCGAGAACGUGAGCACACCAACCUCCCUGGGCAGCAGCAUCUGUGAGGAUGAGGAGGAGGACAGCCUCAGUCCCAGCACGUUUGGCUACAAACUCGAGUGCAAGGGUGAAGCCAGGGCCUACCGCAGGCACUUUCUGGGGAAGGAUCAUCUAAACUUCUACUGUACCGGCAGCAGCCUGGGAAACUUGCUCCUGUCCGUCAAGUGUGAAGAGGCCGAGGGCGUUGAGUACCUUCGGAUCGUUCUCAGGUCCAAAGUGAAGACGGUGCAUGAGCGGAUUCCCUUGGCCGGACUGAGCAAGUUGCCCAGUGUCCCUCAGAUUGCAAAGGCUUUCUGUGACGACGCAGUGGGGCUGAAAUUCAACCCUGUCCUGUACCCCAAGGCCUCCCAAAUGAUUGUGGCCUACGACGAGCAUGAUGUCAACAACACAUUCAAAUUCGGGGUCAUUUACCAGAAAGCCAGGCAGACCCUGGAGGAGGAACUGUUUGGGAACAAUGAAGAGAGCCCAGCCUUCAAGGAGUUCUUGGAACUGCUAGGGGACACAGUCACGCUGCAGGACUUCAAAGGUUUCCGAGGAGGCCUGGACGUGACCCACGGACAGACGGGGGUGGAGUCAGUGUACACGAUAUUCCGGGACAGGGAGAUCAUGUUCCAUGUCUCCACAAAGCUGCCGUUUACCGAGGGAGACACCCAGCAGCUCCAGAGAAAGAGACACAUCGGGAAUGACAUUGUGGCCAUCAUCUUCCAAGAAGAAAACACACCGUUUGUCCCAGACAUGAUUGCCUCCAACUUCUUACACGCCUACAUUGUUGUGCAGGCCGAGAACCCGGGCACAGAGCCCCCAUCCUACAAGGUCGCAGUUACUGCACGGGAAGACGUGCCCGCCUUCGGCCCACCCCUGCCCAGCCCCCCUGUUUUCCAGAAGGGCCCGGAGUUCAGGGAAUUUCUGCUCACCAAGCUCACCAAUGCGGAGAACGCUUGCUGCAAGUCGGACAAGUUUGCGAAGCUGGAGGACCGGACGAGGGCCGCCCUCCUGGACAACCUUCAUGACGAACUCCACGCCCACACUCAGGCCAUGCUGGGACUGGGCCCAGAAGAGGACAAGUUUGAGAACGGGGGCCAUGGGGGAUUCCUGGAGUCUUUUAAGAGGGCCAUCCGUGUGCGCAGCCACUCCAUGGAGACCAUGGUGAGCAGCCAGAAGAAGCAGCACAGCGGGGGCAUCCCUGGCAGCCUCAGCGGGGGCAUCACCCAUAACAGCGUGGAGGUCACCAAGACGACCUUCUCGCCUCCAGUGGCGGUGGCAACGGCGAAGAACCAGUCACGGAGCCCCAUAAAGCGGAGGUCGGGGCUCUUCCCCCGUCUGCACACGGGCUCUGAAGGCCAAGGGGACAGCCGGACACGAUGUGACAGUGCAUCCAGCAACCCCAAGACCCCAGAGGGCGGACACUCUUCUCAGGAGAUAAAGUCUGAGACCUCAUCCAACCCCAGUUCUCCAGAAAUCUGCCCCAACAAGGAGAAGCCCUUCAUCAAAUUGAAGGAGAACGGCCGAGCCAACAUCUCCCGCUCCUCCUCCAGCACCAGCAGCUUCAGCAGCACGGCGGGGGAGGGUGAGGCCAUGGAGGAGUGUGACAGUGGGAGCAGCCAGCCGUCCACAACCUCUCCCUUCAAGCAGGAGGUGUUUGUCUACAGCCCGUCCCCAAGCAGCGAGAGCCCCAGCCUGGGGGCAGCCGCCACCCCCAUCAUCAUGAGCCGGAGUCCGACAGAUGUCAAAAGCAGAAACUCCCCGAGGUCAAACCUGAAAUUCCGCUUUGAUAAGCUCAGCCAUGCCAGCUCCAGUGCGGGGAAAGAGUUGGGCAAGGGAAGAGGGGGAUCUGGGUACCAGUCAGAGUCCAGAGAGGCAGAGAGAGUGGUGAGCUGGGCAGGAGAGGCUGAUAGCAGGGCACUAUACCCAGGCAGGGGCAGCGCCGUUGUGCUGUGCAUUUCUGAAGCCAAAGCCUGGCUGUUUCCGGUUCUCCUAUGUGUGAUCGACAAGCCCUCAGGCCUCACUGGGCAAACACUUGCUGCGCAUGCGUCGGCUUCAGGUCUGGCUGCCCGAGCGCCGGCUGCUGUCUCGGCAGCGGAUCCAGGCCUUGCCCGCAGUUUCCUCCAGUGCCUGGGCCCGCGAUGUGCCACAGCCCGGAGCACCCACUGGCUUCUCCCAGCAGCACCCUCUUCCUACACCUGCUGCUCCGUCACCUCAGGAGUUUCCCGUGAAGUGUGA